GUGGCUCACGUAGUUCCUUCGGUCCCAAGAACCAAGGCGUGCUAUCUCGGCGCGGAUUAGGUCACCGGUCAGAACUGUGAUAAGCUUGCUCCUCCGGGUAUUUGCAUGCGAUGGGGGUCAUUUUGAGGGAAAAUUGUUGGCGAAGCGGAGGGGUUUCCAAUGUUUCCGAGGAGGGCGGAAUGCGUUAUUUUUCGGCUCCAUGGUUCGCGACGAUUGCUGCUGCCUCUGAAAAGUCGCUACUUUUCCAAUGGUGGCGUUACGUUGACGCUUAGAGGCAUGUUCAUCGUUCUUUUCUACUGUGUGUGUUGUUCCGAUACCCUUGCUCAGGGAAUAAUCCUUCGGGCGUCAUUGCAGAUCCGCGCUGCAGGGAUGAGUGCCCAGGCGCAUUCCAUUUGGAGACCCAAGCCUCGGCAAGUUGAAAGUUGAAAAUACACAUUUUACAUUCCCAAUUAUACAACGCCGU